AAUAUGAGUGAAUUCAAAGAAUAAUGUACAUGGGUAAAGUCCAAAACCUGAACCGGCAAAAACUGGCAAAUAGAUCUUAAAAUGACGUGAUAAUUUCCACUUGUUACUUCAGUUUUGCACUCUUCUUAUUUUCCAUUGAAAGAACCAAAGUUUGCGUUACAUGUUUAAAUAAUAUUAUCCAAGAAUGCCAGAUUAUUUAAAUCUAGGCGGACUGUCUAUUUUCUGUCUAAAAACCACUUCAAAGAAUCAAUCUAAGAUAAUAAAAGAGUGGUUAAUCAUUUUCAUAUUUCAAAAGUGACCGCGUGGGUGAUUUCUCACUAUGGGUGUUAAGUUCACACUCUUCUAAAGAACGUCAGGGCGUAAAAUGAAAAAUAGAAACAUUUAUGUGAAACUGCUAAGCUUUCAAUACUUAAAAUCGAUAUUGGAUGAGAGAAAGACAUUUAAAAUGGUGCGGUUACACAAUGGCCUAAUUUUUUCGCUUGUUAGCUUUAAAAACUAUGUUAAGUGGCAAACAUCUUUCGAUUUUCUUGUUUUCGUUUGAAUCAAGGCGGACGGAUAUUGGCUGAUGUAAGAGAAGUUUGUGUUGCUAAACAACACAGCACCUGUUAGGGUGGUGAACAUAAAAAAUUCACAUGUUGUCACUGGACAGCCAUAAACGGACGAAUUGACUCAAGAAAGACAAAUUUGAAAAUGUUACGUGCCCAUACAAGAAUUCAACUUUUUGGCCUCCUGUGCAGGAAAACUCCAUCCAUUUAUUACUGAUUCGAACAUAGCAUUUUAUUGCCCAUCAAUUAACGAAUAAUACGUCGAUGCGAAACACUUAGUAAGAAUGUCCAGUGAAGACAAGGAAGCCAUAAUUGAUCAUGAAAACACGGAUGAAGAUGAGCGGUGUUGCCCGAACGUUAAUCGCAAACUCCUAAUCCCAAAGGCCUUCUACUUCUUCUUCUUUUCCGCCUGGGGAUCGUUGCUUCCGUAUUUGGCUUUAUAUUUUAAACAGCUGAUGCUUUCACCAAGCGAAGUAGGAAUUCUCAUGGGUUUAAAGCCGUUUGUGAACUUUCUUGUUAUUCCGAUAUGGGGCGCCAUAGUGGACAAGUGCCAGAAGAGCAAGGUAGUCAUGGUUAUUUCUAUCAUUGCCUUGAUUACAUCCACUUUCACCCUUAGCUUAGUCCCAGGACCCAAAGAAAACAAAGUAGUGGUCAAACGAUUUUGUAAUAUGUCAACUCCAAAAUACUCUAGCUUAAUUGACAUACACAGACCGGUGAUUGACAGUCCGAACUAUGAGUUUCCCGAACCAGGAAUCGACAAGAUGGUGGAGCUAGAUAAGCAUCAAGAAUCUUACAUGCCUUACUUUUACAAAGGCCCAAAGCCUUGGUCGCUAGAACUUUUCAUUAAUCUAGACGAAAAGACCACUGUCAGGAUAGAGUUGGACACAACCCAGUGUUUUAUGGCCUUAUUUUUAAUAACUUUCUUCGGUACUUUGAUCUCCGCGCCGACGUUAGCUUUGGUGGACACAGCCACGCUACAACUUCUGGGUUCGGAGACCCACAAGUACGGCAUGCAGAGACUCACGGGGUCGAUCGGCUGGGGGGUCGGUGCUUUCGUUGUCGGUGCUUCCCUGAAAACAACUCAUCAAUGCGGCAAAGACAAAGACUACGAGAUUGUCGACUACAUUCCUUGCUUUUACACUUUCGCUGGAUUAAUGUUUCUGGGCUUGUUAACAGCCACGCAAUUUAGAUUUGAAGAGAAGACAAAGAAGUCACGUGGUGCAAGCCUCAGUGUAGGGCUGCAAGCCUUGAAAAGUCCAACAUAUCUCAUGUUUCUAUUCACCGCCUUGUACUUAGGAUUUCUCAUGGCAUUCAUAAAGACAUUUCUGUUUUGGCAUCUCAAAGACCUGGGCGGCAGCCAACUUCUUUUUAGUAUCAUUUCCGCCGUUAACUGUUUUGCCGAAGUCAGCAUGUACUUUCUUUCGGCCAAGCUAAUAAAACGAAUCGGUCAUGCAAGAGUGUUAUAUCUAGGGUUAAUUUGUUAUUCAAUAAGACUGUUCUACUACUCAGCUAUUCCCAUUCCAUGGAUGGUUCUUGCCGUGGAGUUACUUCCUGGAAUUACAACAGCGGCAGUAUGGGCUGCUUGCCUAUCUUACGUCAGCAUAAACUCAGGCCCAGGCGCCGCAACAACAAUGCAGUGCAUUUUGCACGGAGUGCACUGGGGCCUCGGUUACGGUGCCGGCGAGGUGAUCGGGGGCAUUAUGGUGCAUCAUUACGGUGCGCCAACAACAUUUAUUAUUUUCGGUGUCUUGUGCCUAGUUAUUUUAGGCGUGUACAUUUUGAUUAAUUACUUCUGCAGGUCCAGAGACGGUAAAGAAGGUUGCAGCGCAGACUCUGAAUACUCAGAUAUAAGUGACGAUGAAGGAAAAAGAUAAUUUCUUAGGAUAAAUUAAAGGGAGCUGAAGGGAAAGCCUCUUCUGAAAUGACAGCUUUAAUUUUAACAAUGCCUUCAUUCCAAGACUAGAGUGAAAAAUAGUCAUUGGGCGUUUUCACAAACAGAGACACGAUUGGUUCAUUGUUUUAGCUACCUAUAAGGAACUUUUCAAAACUUUGCUACCAAAUAUCAUAUGCAUAUUACCUGUUGUUAGAAGAAAACUGGAUAAGCUUCUCUCCGAUUUUCUGGGUUAAUGAAGAAAAAAAUAUAUACAAUAGUUAUUUCUUUUACAAUGUAGCUGCCAUUUCGAGAGGGGUUUUUCUUAUGAUAGCCGCUGGUGGCUGUUAGAUUGCUUUUUCGUACUGGAAGAGUGUUUCCACUAUGACUAUAAACAUUAUAUGUUUCCACACUGUGUCGAUUGAUGCUAGGCUUUUUGUAAAAACUUCUAAUUUUUGUUCAAGAAUCGUUCAGAUGGCUUCACUUUGAAAUAGAAAAAUAUCAUAAUACUGAACGAUUCUGAGUAUGAAGUUUGAACAUGGUUGUGCGAGCUCCUUUUGU